GCCAAAUCCGCGCAUGCGCCCAGUGGAGAAGCGGCUCUGGGGCACCGGGAGCAGAUUAGAAACAGAAAAGAAUAUCUGGGAAUCGUGAAAACAAAAACACAUCAAUUCUGCUGUCUUUGUCAGCUCACCAGCACUUGAAAACAAUCAGUCUCUGACUGUAGAGGAGGAGAUGUUUGAGAAGACAGCACAGCACUCACAGCAAGGAGAAUCCGAACAAGUGUUUGGUGUUGGGGUGAAAUCUGGGUGAACCCACCAGGAGAUAAAGCAUCUAAUUGUCUUCAGACUAUCAAAGGAGUGACCAGAUAUUUCCUUUGUAGCACUGAUCGAUCAGUUGUCGAUCCUUGGAGAUGAAGGUGUAUCUCAUCCCUGCUGGACCUGUGUUUUGUGUCUGAAAGGAACCAUUCUAUUUUAACUCAGAGUAAUUUGCUGGGACUGGGGUGCUGAGAACACACCAGCAUUUGUUCCCCAGAGAUCAGUUCUUCAACUGCAUUGAUUUGACACGGAUUCACUCUGACUAACAUCGGACUUGGUGAAUUGGCAGACAAUUGAUAGCAGGGAGAUAUCAUUCACCUGCUCUGUCAGGGUGGGAACGAAUUCUCUCACUCAGUCAAACAGCAGAAAAACCAGUGGGUUCACACUAGGGAGAGGCCAAUGAUCUGCUUGUUGGGAGGGGAUAUACUCAGUCAUCCAGCCUGAAGAUACGUCAGCAAGUUCACACUAUAGUGAGGCGGUUCGCCUGUUCUGCAGAAUUCAGUCAUCCAAACUGAAGAUUACAGACUGGGGUGUCGGAGUUUGGAUUUCAGUUCAGACACUGUCUGGAAGGAGUUUGUACAUCUUUGCUGUGACCACAUGGGUUUCCUCCGGGUGCUCUAGUUUCCUCUCACAGUCCAAGGAUUUAUCGAAUAAUAGGUUAAUUGCUGUAUCUCCAAAUAAAAUCCACACCAGUGUGAGGCUGUUCACCUGCUCCUUGUGGGAAGAGAUUCACUCACUCAGCCCAUUUGCAGAGAUAUCAGUGAGUUCACAAGGAAAGGAGACAAUUACUGUGUGGAGAGGGAUUCACUAAUUCAUCGGACAUCAUGAGACACCAGCGAGUUCACACUGGGGAGGGGCCAUUAACCUGCUCUGAAUGUGGGAAGGGAUUUACCAAGUCAUCUCACUUGCUGGUACACCAACGAGUUCACACUGGGGAGAGACCGUUCACCUGCUCUGAAUGUGGGAAGGGAUUUAAUCAGCCAUCUAAACUACUAAGACACCAACGAGUUCACACUGGGGAGAGACCAUUCACUUGCUCUGAAUGUGGGAAGGGAUUUACUCAGUCUUCUAACCUGCUGACACACCAGCAUGUUCACAGUGGAAAAAGACCAUUCGUUUGCACUGAGUGUGGGAAGGGAUUUACUCGGUCAACGAGGCUUCUGGUACACCAGCGAAUUCACACUGGGGAGAGACCGUUCACCUGCUCUGAAUGUGGGAAGGGAUUUUCUCGGUCAUCUCACCUACUAGCACACCAGCGUGUUCACACCAGGGAGAAGCCGUUCACCUGCUCUGAAUGUGGGAAGGGAUUUACCAAGUCAUCUCACUUGCUGGUACACCAACGAGUUCACACUGGGGAGAGACCGUUCACUUGCUCUGAAUGUGGGAAGGGAUUCACUCAGUCUUCCAACCUGCUGACACACCAGCAUGUUCACAGUGAGGAGAGACCAUUCGUUUGCACUGAGUGUGGGAAGGGAUUUACUGGGUCGACAAUGCUUCAGGUACACCAGCGAAUUCACACUGGGGAGAGACCGUUCACCUGCUCUGAAUGUGGGAAGGGGUUCACUCGGUCAACUCAUCUGUUGGUACACCAGCAAGUUCACACUGGGGAGAGGCCAUUCACCUGUUCUGAAUGUGGGAAGGGAUUUACCCGGUCAUCAGACUUACAGAUACACCAGCGAAUUCACACUGGGGAGAGACCGUUCACCUGCUCUGAAUGUGGGAAGGGAUUCAUUCAGUCAUCCCACCUUGCGAAACACUACCGAGUUCACACUCGGAAAAGUGUUUAAA